CAAAUUCACACAGACAUCAGAACACACACACAGAUGCAGCUGCUCCGAAAAUAAAUUUUGCAUUCAUCCAAAUUGGGAUAAUGGUUAAAUGGCAAUUUGAAUUGAAAUAAUACACCGCCCCGAAAUUCGUACUCUAAAUUUCCGGACUCGCUGUGUGGUUUUUCGUGCGCCAGUCUCUGCUUAAUUUCUACAAUAACUAGUUAGGAAUUAAUCAUAAGAGCGCGAUGUCCGUUUCAAAGGUGACACGACAAAGAUCAAUCAAAGACUGGCUGGUGCCAUUGGAGCCAGGAGAACUCUCGGUGUUCAAGUGCUCCCCGUCGUACCAUUACCGGAUGAAUGCUGCCGACAAGGAAAAAAAUCUAAUACGGCUUAACAUUUCAUCCGUGGCGCAAUUGAAGGAGCUAUGCCGCCCAGUCAAAACUAAGCCGCCGAUUACUUCGACACCAAAGCGUCGGUAUAACCCACGCAAGAAGCCGCAAGCUGCUGCUGCUGCUGGUGCCAAGAGUGGCGCUCGACCUGUAAAAACGUCCCAAGUCAAAAAUAUGUUCCAGAAUACCACAAGUGGGGGUACCACACCGGCGGAGAGUGUUCCAAGCUUACCAAAAUCGGUGCCCAUAAAAAAGGAGAAAUCGGUUGAGGAGCUGAAAAAUGUUUCCAAUCAACUGGAAUAUCAAGAAGUCUCGUGUGAGGAUGCAAGUCUCAGGCGCUCACCCAACAUGACGACGACCAACGACGACCGUGCUGGUGCCGGGAUGGGUGUGGUCCAGCCGACUGGGCUUUCCGAAACAGACGUCAAGGCCACUGAUAUUGUAAGCAAGCUCGAAGUAGAAAAAGAAGAAGGGUUCAACGUGCCAACCUGGGAAGUGUGCAGCGACGGAAGAAACUACCAGCCCCCUGACAAUACGAGCGAUACAGAAGAGGUUGAACCUAACUACGAUUUGAUGCUACUCGAACUGAAAGAAGAAUUGUUUUGUUAAUAUGAGUAUCAUCAUAUAAUAAGUCAUUUACAUACAUAUCAGGCUCGGAACACGCUGGCUUAUUUUUUACCGGACUUACUGAAUAUCUUCAUUUAUUUUCAUACUAAUUUUUCACUUAAAUCCUAAGCCAAAUAUCAAUAACCCAUUCAGAUAUCGAAUUUAAGUAAUACACUCAUGUCUCAAAGAUCUCUAAGCCCAGUGGCCAGUAGUAGUAGUAUGUUUAGUAAAGUCCUAUUAGGACGAUUCGGUGUGUAAGAAUAAUAAUUCUAUGCGACUAUGAAUUCAACGUUUUUGCUAUUGAAUUUUAAUUAAUUUUACAAAUAAUGGCUACAACGGGGUAAAGAAAAACAACCAACAACAACCAACAAACAAAAGAAUUAAUGUCAAACGAAAAUUAAGAAUUACAAAAAACAAACAUGCACAAUUACCAGGGAAUCGAAUAAACUCAAAUACCUAGUAUACCUAUUUCAGUAAAAAUAUUCUUUGUGUGCUGCUUCACUUGAAAACUAUUUGGAAGCUAAUAUUUAUUUUUAUUUAAGAAAGAAAAUGCAUUCUUACAAUUUUAGUUUGUUUUGAUCGUAUUUAUAUAUUUGUUUGUAUAUAUAUGCGACUUUUGAUUCUUACCAAUUUGU